GUUCAUGUCCGUUGGAUCGUGAACUGUAGUAACAAUGACACGACGAAUCAUUUGAUGUGUAUACGUGGAUCGCAAGAGAUUCGGGGCGCAUUUAAUAAUCGUGGGGAUCGUGGGGUAAAAGAGGUGGUCUGGUAAGGUGCGCGAGGUAAAAAAAAAAUAAUACGUAUAAGGAGCGAGAAAAAAAAGAGGAACGGCUGGAGCGAUAAGUGUUUUCGGGGGGCGAAGGCGAAGGCGAAGGGUGGUUACAAAAACAGACGGUGCGUGAGGAGGCACGAAGAGAAAUCGAAAAAAACGUUAGGAAAAUAAAACAAAAGCUAAAACAGAUAUAUAAAGAAAUAAAAAUAUGAGUGACACGAAGCCUCAGCACGGUACUCAGGAAGUGAAGGGCUGGCUGUUCAAAUGGACGAAUUAUCUGAAAGGUUACCAGCGAAGAUGGUUCGUUCUGUCAAAUGGCCUCCUGUCAUACUACAGGGCUGAACCGACAGGGGGGCCUAAGAUUUCGGCGCGACGCAAGCGGAGGGCUGGCAGAGCCUCCGAAAGCCCAGCCGAAAUGGCGCACACCUGCCGUGGAACGAUUUCGUUACACGGGGCCUUAAUACACACCGUCGAUGCUUGUACCUUCGUCGUCAGCAACGGUGGCACUCAAACCUUUCACAUCAAAGCAGCAACAGAGGUCGAACGACAACAAUGGGUCACUGCGUUGGAACUUGCCAAAGCCAAGGCCAUUCAGGCUAUGGAAUCAGAAGAAGAGGAGGAGGAGUAUCAAGACAACGAGAAUCAGAAGGGUGAACAGGCCUCGAUAAUAAAAGAUUUGACGGGACGUCUCGAGGAUUUGCAGACGUGUAACGACCUCAUAGCAAAAAGAGCAACGAGUCUCCAGCGUGCUCUCAUUGAUUUGGAAUCCCUCGAGCCCGGGGUACCCGAAUUCUCAGCGAAGAUCAAAGCGGUUCACGAGCGAGCGAUAGCCUUCCGAAUUGCAGCUAAUGCGAUGAUAGGUACGAGCUCGGACUAUCUCCAACUGGCUCAACAGCAGGAACCCAAAUGGAAAAAGCUACUUCAGCACGAGCGCGAUCAAAAAGUACGAAUAGAGAAAAUGGUUGAGCAACUUGCACGUCAACAUUCUCAUCUCGAGGAAGCAGCUCAGCAUGCUCUACCGUCGUCUAUACCGGCAGGUGGACACAGACCGUCUCACGUUCCGGCAAACACAUCACCGUCAGAAGACGAAGAGGACGGCGUGGAGUUCUAUGAUGCUCAAGAGUCGGAUACAUUCACAUUGACUAUACCGAGCGGUGCAACGGGAAACUCACUCUCGCACGAGAGAAGCAGAAACGAUUCGCAGGGUAGUGACGAUGGAUCUAGUUCUGAGGGAGAUCCUCAAAUGCCACUAUCAGGAAACGAUACUUCUAGAGGAGAAUCCUACCUCAUCGUGACCGAUUCCACUGCUGCCACUGAACCGGCCCAAGGCGCUUCCAUCACAGAACUGGACGACACGGCCUGGCAAUCGAACAAUGGAGGAAGUAGCUCCGGGGUAACAACGAUCUCGCAGCGAAAGAGGAGAACGCGAGUACCCGAGAAGCCCAACUAUCCUCUGAACCUAUGGAGCAUAAUGAAAAACUGUAUUGGCAAAGAACUGUCCAAGAUUCCAAUGCCAGUCAAUUUCUCCGAACCUCUUAGUAUGCUUCAACGACUCGCAGAGGAUUACGAGUAUGCAGAAAUACUCGACAGGGCAGCCGAGUGCACAGACAAUUAUGAACAAAUGGCCUACGUCGCCGCAUUCACGGUUUCGAGUUACUCGACGACCGCCUCGAGAACAGGCAAACCCUUCAAUCCUCUGCUUGGCGAAACUUAUGAAUGCGACAGAACCGAUGACCUUGGAUGGCGUUGUGUCUCGGAACAAGUUUCACAUCAUCCACCGAUGGUUGCCCAAUUUUGCGAAGGGCGGAAAUGGCGAUGUUGGCAAGAAUUCACUAUGGCUUCCAAAUUCCGUGGAAAAUAUUUACAGGUGAUACCGUUGGGAACCGCUCAUCUUGAAUUCAACAAUUCGAAGAAUCAUUACACAUGGCGUAAAGUGACUACGACGGUGCACAAUAUAAUCGUGGGAAAACUUUGGGUAGAUCAGAGCGGUGACAUGGACAUAAUAAAUCACAAGGAGGGCAUAAAGUGUCAUCUAAAGUACAUACCGUACUCGUAUUUCUCGAGGGACAGUCAGCGUAAGGUCAAAGGUGUCGUGAUGAAUUCGAGCAAAGAGGUCAAGUGGGUUGUACAGGGUACGUGGGACGCCAAGAUCGAAAUCGCUCCGGUAAUCAACACUUCCGGUACUCCCGACAAUCCUGUAUAUAAAACGGGACCCUACACACUUGCUUGGAAACGUCGAAUGCCUCCGGAUGAUUGCGAAAAGUAUUACUAUUUCACGGAAUUGGCAUGUCAGUUGAAUGAGCCCGAAGAGGGUGUCGCGCCAACGGAUUCCCGUCUCAGGCCCGAUCAAAGAUUAAUGGAAAACGGUCUUUGGGACGAGGCCAACGCGGAAAAGCUUCGUCUUGAAGAGAAACAACGCGCUGUGAGACGAGCGAGAGAGAGCGAAGCAGAAAAAGCGACGGAUCAAGGUUUACCUUACGAGGCCUACAAGCCAUUAUGGUUCGAAAAGCAACAGGAUCCGUACACGGACAGUCUCUAUCACGUUUACAACGGUGAAUAUUGGGAGUGCAAGAAGAAAGGGGACUGGACAAGAUGUCCGAGCAUAUUUUAGUAUGUCGAGAUCGCGUUCUUACUAAAAGUCUUUUAAGGUAAAAGUUCGAUGAUGACAAACUUGAGUUUCGCUAAAAGUUCCCAAAAGCUGGAGGAGGAGAAAGGUCGUCGGUAAAAGGACAGAUGGAGUGUGUGCGCGUGUAAGAGUGCGUGAUAUUGGGCAAGGAUGAGGUCCAGGGUAACGGCUUAAGCUCCGAAUCUCUUUGAGAGAUGUUCCAACGAGGACGAAGGCUAUUUUGUUUAUCGGUUUUAAGGAAAUGCAAGAAAACAUUUCCACGAGCCCGAGCGAGUCUGGGCAACUCGCUCGUGAUAUCCCGUUCUUUGGCAUGUCGUGUAAAUUUCGUUAAAUCAUGCCCCAAAAGCGUAGAUGCGUAGUGACAAGUACGAAUUAUUUGAUUUUUGUAAAAAAGAUAAAUAUUAUAAAGUCAGAUUAAACAAAAUAAAGAAAUAAUUAAAGAACAAACGACUAUAAUCGAAAAAGUAUGCAAAAUCAGCUACUGCUUUGAAAACUCUACUUCCGGAUCAACUUGUUUUCUUUUCGAAUCACCGCCAGGAUGAAUUUGUACAGAAAAAUAAUAAAGCCUCGCUCGUGCCGUUGAUAAGGAAAAUAUGAGAUUUCGAGCUAACUGAUGUGAACUCAAAAAACUGCGUCCAAGCUUCCUAUCUAAAGAAAAGUAAGAUCGAACGAAAAUAAAUAAUAAUUUAUGGAUGGCCUCGAGCUGUGUUAACAAUGUUUUGAAAAAAAGCCUCAUUUUCUUCUUUCUCGCCUGCAAAUUCAAAUUCGUUGACAUUUUUUACCAAUAUAUGUACGAUAUAUGCGAUCUUUGAGUCAACGUAUGCAUAUUAUAUAAUGACAUACUAGAAAAAUCCAGUCAUAAAUCCGCCCUGCAUCAUCUUAUGAUUAUGGCCACGCACACUGUUUCGUUUGAAAACAAAACAUUGAAUAACGUUUUAUUCGUUCGAGCAAAACUUUUUUCGUACGUCCGCAAGAAAAAAAAACCCACAGUUUGCCCGAAUGACUUCGCGCGAAACAGUUCGAUUAGCUAGCCAAGGUUUUCAAUGACACGAGUUAAGUCGCCCAGACUGUACUAUAAUUUUAAUAGUCGAUAAUCAAGGAAAAUUAUAUGUGUGUGUAUAUAUAUAUAUAUAUAUAUAUUUAAAUAUAAAUAUACAUACAUAUAUAUGAAUAUAUAUAUUUACUUGUAAACAAUAUGAAUACAAAUUGAUUAUUACAAAGGAAGAAAUAAAGUAAUUUAAAUAUUUAAACAACAAAAUGUAUAUGAAAAAAAAUCAAAGAUGUUGAGCAGAUCCGCUAUGUCUUGGACAAUUUUCGGUCUUGACUCUUCAUCAUUUUUCUAUUAAUGAUUUUUCGAGAGAUAUCCUUUGAAAGAAAUUUAGCUAAGUCAUAUUUUCAAUGGUUGUAAUCGUCGUUAGCGACUGCGACUCAUUUUGAGGCUUACGACUAUUCACAAGUUUUAAAAUGCUCGUCGAAUUUUUUUUUAAUAAACUUUCUUAUGUUUCAUUCUUUUAGAAGCAAAAAAGGAAAAUUUUCAAAAAGUGAAGAAAAUUAAACAUCGAAAAGUCUCGAAGUUAUCGCUGGGAACGUGAAAUUUUCGAAUCCUCGCUAUAAAAAUUGCAUUCGAAAGGGAGGAAUCAUCGACUGAAAGGGCCGCAAAUCCGACAAAGUAAAUCUUUUUCGUAUUUUGGUGCGGAAUAAAACAAUUGUAAUCUGAAUUUGAAGAAAUAUGGAAAAAAAUAAUACGUCGUCGAGACUACAGCUUUAAAGCCGAAAUUUACUUCAUGAAAUUGCGACAGAAUUUACAUCUUUUUUGUAUAUUUAUACGAACGCGGUUUUAGGACCCGCAAUAUGCCUUUAGAGGAAAGUUUUGCUAAAGUAGAAAAGACGGUCGGGUGAUAUUGACUAGUCUAAAACGCCGCUCCUUAGCAUAGUUUAAUAAGCUUGUUAAUUUUUUGCGACUGUGGCCUCCCGUUAUUAGCGGGAAAAGUGGUUUCCAUCGUUCGAAAUUGUUAUAAAAUCACUUGAGAGUGAUCGAUUGACUAAAAUAUGUAUUUUUGCGUUAUAAAACUAUAUUUUCCGGUUUCGUGAUUUUAUUGGAUGUAGAAUUUGACGAGAUUUAGUUUUGUAAAUUUCUUUACAAUCGUUUCAACGUUUUCUUAAACCUUUUCGUUUUUCUUUUAUUCCAAAAGUUUAGAACACUCAAUGUCUGACACGACUGUACGAGACAUAGCAAAUCUUCUCCGAGCGUCAAGAGUUGGGUGAGUUUGAAUGAUUAUUAGAGCUUGUAGAUUAGCAAUUCGUUUGUAAGUUGUUACGCAAUGGGAUUCGUUUUUUCUCUGUAAUAGCAAAUAAAUUAGAGAGUGUGAGGAAGUGAGAGAGCGAGAGAGAAAGUUGAAAAAGUAAAAAGUAACGCCACGAUUUAGUAGUAAUUUUUUAAUUGAACAUGUGAGCGAUCUUUAUUGUCGUAAGUGCCUAAGAUUUCUCGUUUUCUACCAGAGAUCGACACAUUCUGAAUAUCUUAUUUCAUUGUUUUGUGAUUAUGAUCAUUAUUAUUGUUGUUCAAACCGUUCUGACGUUUUCCGGAUGUUUCAUAUUAUUUGAUAGAUCGUGCGUGAGUGUGUCUGAGAGAGAGAAAUAAAAUCGUAAUUUUUCUAUGCAGUUAGAGAACAACGAUUUUCCGCUGUUUUAUAAUAUAAUUAAUCGUUAUUUCCGAAUAUCUUGGCACACGAGCAACUGAAAUUAUCGACUGAGCAAUCGAUACCCUUUGUAUAUAUUAUAUUUCUUGUCACAAAAAAUAAAAAGAAGUCGAAGCAUCGGUUGGAGGAAUGAGGAUUCGUUCCUUCGGAUCCAAUUUCCAGUCGAAUUCGCGAUUCAGAAGUAACGAAUUGGAAAUCUAUGAUUUUUCACUCAUACUCGACGCGAUUACAGCCACCAGCUAAUUUAGAGCGCUGUGGUCGAGAGAUGCACAAGAUUUUUGACGAACGCAUGAACAAAGAAAAAGCGCUAACGGAUCUGUCGAACAAGUUUCAAUUGUAUAGUAGUUUUGACGGAAUAAAGAGAACGCAAAAACAA